AUGGCCUUUGCUCACUUCUCAACUAUCGUUCUUGUCACUCUUGGCGCAUACCAAAUCGUUAACGCUGCUUUGACGAAGCGUGUUACUUGUGCCUCCGGCCACAUUACUGCCAAUGCUGCAUGCUGCGCACUCUUCCCUAUCGUUGACUUACUCCAAGAACAACUCUUCGACGGUGCCGAGUGUGGCGAGCAGGCCCACUCUGCCCUCCGUCUCGCCUUUCACGACGCCAUUGGUUUAUCCGUCCACGGCGGAAAUGGAGGAGGAGCCGAUGGUUCUAUCCUCGCCUUCAAUAGCACUGAGCUGCAGUAUCAUGCUAACGGUGGCAUCGACGACAUCAUUGCGGACCAAUUCCCAGUCUUCCUUCAAACAAACCUAAGCGCCGGCGACUUCGUUCACCUCGCUGCCGCCGUCGGCACCGCCAACUGCCCAGGCUCGCCUCGCCUUGAGUUCAAGUUCGGCCGUCCUCCUCCCAAGGCUCCUGCCCCCGAUCUUACCGUUCCUGAGUCGACGGACACCGUCACUACUAUCCUUGCUCGCUUUGCGGACGCUGGGUUCUCUCCGCGUGAAACAGUUGCUCUACUCUCCUCGCACUCAGUUGCUGCUGCGGACGUCGUCGAUGUCACUAUCCCAGGAACACCUUUUGACUCGACGCCCGACACCUUCGAUACCCAGGUCUUCCUCGAGGUCCUGCUCAAAGGCAAGCUCUUCCCAGGUAACGGCUCACAGCCCGGCGAGGUGCUGUCUCCGCUCGCGGGUGAGAUGCGCCUCCAGUCCGACUUUGCCAUCUCUCAGGACCCCCGCACUGCGUGCAUCUGGCAGGCCAUGGUCGACAACCAGCUCCUCAUGCAAAUCGCGUUCAAGGCCGCCAUGGCCAAGCUCAAAACUCUUGGCCAGCCUUCCAACCUCAUCGACUGCUCCGACGUCAUCCCCGUGCCAGCACCGUUCAAGACAGCUAUAAAGUACCCCGCCUCGUUCUCAAAGGAGGACGUGCAGAUCGCUUGUCAUCUACUUCCCUUCCCCAGCAUUGCCACUGUAGCUGGCCCAGCGCCGACUGUCCCGCCUGUUCCUUGA